AUGUAUUCUUCUUUUUCUUCUCAUCAUCUCUCUGCUCUCGAUUGCUCCUUCUUCCCCGAUCCCUUCUUACCAUUCAACAACGAUCUAAUUCUCUCUCUCCAAGAAACUCCUGAAAUCAACUACCAUCAUCAAUACGAUCUCUUUAACCCGGUCGACAAAAUUCACUUGGAAGACUACUCCACCACCUUCUUUAAUUCAUCUCCUCCAACUCAUCUCAUGGAAAACCUCUCUCUAUCUGCAUUUGAAACCAUUAAUGGUGGAACUGAGAAUGGCUGGAUGGUUCCGACGAGCUUGCUUGAAUAUGGCCGGAAAAUCAGAAGAACCUGCAGCACCGGAGAUUUGCAAAUGAAAGGAAACGAUGAUGCCGAGAAGAGGCAUUCAUGGAGUCCAGUGACGAUGGAAGAAGGAAGCUUUAAAAUGGGGAGAUGCGGCGCAGAGGAGAGGAAAAAAAAGAUUCAGAAAUACAGAGCAAAGAGAAUGCAUAGAAAUUUCAAUAAAACUAUCAAGUAUGUGUGUCGAAUGACAUUAGCAAAUAAAAGGCCAAGAAUACGCGGAAGAUUUGCUCGCCAUAACGAGGCCACCAACGUUCCCAGCUCUAUUCAAUUUAACAAUAACGAGAUAGAUGAGUUCGAUGAAGAGACACUUGAAAGGGGAAUUGUAGGUGUGGAGGAGCUUGGAGUCCAACGCAUUUGAGUUCUAC